GGAGAGCGGAUUUAGUGAAUGCGGGGUCCGAGGAGAGCGGAUUUAGUGAAUGCGGGGUCCGGGGAGACCGGAUAUAGUGAAUGCGGGGUCCAGGGAGAGCGGAUAUAGUGAAUGCAGGGUCCGGGGAGAGCGGAUAUAGUGAAUGCAAGGUCCGGGAGAGCGAUAUAGUGAAUGCAAGGUCCGGGAGAGCGGAUAUAGUGAAUGCAAGGUCCGGGAGAGCGGAUAUAGUGAAUGCAGGGUCCGGGGCUUAGUAACACUUUAAUUGAACAAGCUGACCUGCACCAGAUUUUUGCACUCUCCAGUCUUAGUAAAUCACUCCAUUAUGUCAUCUUUCACGUCAAUCAUAUUGAGCCAUAU